GCCCGCAACGUUCGCGUCACACCUCGUAUCGCCUUUAUUUUUUUUUUGUUCGUUCAGUCACUCGUGAAUAGUGAAUUGAGGAUUUAACAAUCGACGAUUCAUUGUGAAUUGUGUAAUUUUAUUUGUGAUUACUUGUGAAUUAACGAUUCAGGCGGAACUCUCUGGAUUACAUGAACGAAUGUGACGUCAUCGCUGAUAAGACCCGGUCGUAGCCGUGAAUGGCUUCGACUGUGAUUGCAGGGGAAGUAAUUGAAGUUGCAAGGAUUACAGAGUGAUUUGUGGAGUUCUGGAAGAGUGCUGUGAACUGUGCUUUAUUUGUUUAUUUUGGGAAUAAUUGGAUAAUUUAUAAACAUGCUGACAAGUGCGAAUCAGUAUCUCCGUCCGGAAUACCUGCCGCCUAUGCAAACAACGUUGGAUGCCAAGCAGAGCCCCCUAGCAAUGUUGGCGAAGACGUGCAGUCAGAUUGGUGCGGAUCCGCCGACGAAAUCCCUCUUAGCGCCUCUGGAAAAAUCAUCGAAGACAUCAAAGUCGUCAGAGUCCCGGGAGAAGUCAUCUCCGAUCGCGUUAGUUGAGCCCGGAAAGUCGAGUUUCAAGCCCUACGAGUCUUGUCUAGGACGUGAGAAAGCAUCCAGCCCUGAGGAGCAGCAGCGAGCAGCCUCAAGCCACUCAGCAUCCGGCAGAUCAAGAACACCUGGCAGCAAACGCUGCUCCAGUAAUCAGAGCGCCUCGUCGAGAGCAAUGACACCUCAGGGACGCAAGACAGCCACGCCCAAUGGCAACGAUCAGACAACGAGGGAGUCACCAGCAUUAAGGACGAGUGUUUCUGGUGGAACGACAACGGCAGCUGAUCCCGUGUCGUCACGAGCCUCCAGCAGUCCUCAGCAAUCCAAGUCGACGUACAGCCCGAAUGUUCUGUCCAUGGACCCAACGAUGAAGGACAUCUCUCUGGGCUCCUUCAAGCAAGCCACGAGCAUCCCAACGUCUGUUGCAACAUCUGUUGGCUACCUCGGUUAUCCACCGCAACUUCCAAUCGACGUGAUGGCAAGCUCUCUAGUCUCUCAACAUCACGCAGCACUGAAGAGCGGUCUCGCCGGCAAUCCUUACCUGAGCUAUGCCAGAAUGAAGACGUCCACUGGCGCCGAGACUCUAGUGCCUGUUUGCAGAGAUCCAUAUUGCACAGGUUGCCAACUCAAUUCACACCUACUGGGAUCAGGGGCAAAGAUACCCGUCUCAUCUGCGUCGACACCAACUACCUCUUGUCCAGCGGGAUGUGCCCAGUGUGACCACAAAACCAGUGUUGCUAAUCCCUACGGACCAAUGGGUGUACACACAACAGCAGCUGCUGCUUAUGCACACGCCCAACUAGCAGCACUAGCAGCUGCGUCGCAAUUACCUUUCGUUUGCAAUUGGAUUGCCGGUGAUACGGCGUACUGUGGAAAGAGAUUCUCGUCCUCUGAGGAGCUUUUGCAGCAUCUCAGAAGCCACACGAGUGUCUCAGCUAAUGAUCCGACAGCUGCUGCGCAAGCCUUGUCGUUGUUGUCACCACCGGGACUACCACCGACUCAUCCACUUCUGUCGAGAACAUAUCCUACACCUCCUUUGAGCCCACUGGCCACGGCUCGCUAUCAUCCUUAUGGGAAACCCUCACCACUGCUGCAACACUCGUUGUCGACGUUGGGACUGGGUUUCCCACCUUCUCAUCCGCAUUCGGCUGCUGCCGCCGCUGCUGCUGCUGGGUUACCACCUUACUUCUCACCUUAUUCAUUUUAUGGUGGCCCGCGUCUGGGCGCCGCCUCUGGUAUGCAUCCCUGAAGCGGAUACUGAUAAACUUUGUUGAAUAUAGGUUAGGGAACUUGCAUGAUUCAGGGAACUUUUAACCCUAGUCUGGUCACCAAACGCAGCCCUGCGACUUGGCCACCUUCGCGGGGAUUCCCCGCCGUGCUAUUUAGGCUCUAGUGCUGCCGAAUUCACUCUAC